ACAAUUAACCAGUGGAACAGCUUGCUUUCAGAUGUUGUAGGUGCUCCAUCAUUGGAAGCUUUUAAGAAGAGACUGCACAGCCAUCUGUCUGAAAUGGUAUGGGGCCUCCUGCUCAAGCAGGGGGCUGAAUUAGAAGACCUGCAAGGUCCCUUCCAACUCUAUUAUUCUAUGUUAUUCUAUGAUGUGGAAGACUGGACUGGAUAGAAGACAAUCAGGGAACCAGUAAUGUUUACAUACUCUCUCUGUGAUGACUUUGCAAUGUAUAAAAAUAUUCUGAAAAUGCAGUAUGAGGAAAAAAUACAGGAAUAUUCAUCCAAACUCUGGCUAGAGAUAAAUGAUCGACUGGAAGACAUUGAGAAACUUUAUAAGCAGAAAGAAAUGAAAACACGAUAUAGCUACCAACAACAAUUAAGUGAUGCACUUGCUAUUCUUAGAAUGAACUAUUCAGCCAAGAUAUCGCUGGCAUCCCUUCUCCUAAAGCACCUCAAGGAACGGAAGCGGACAAGGCGGACACUACUGACCUCCUCUUCAUCCAGCCUAAGGUGGAAAAGGAGAUGAUUCCAUCUCCCAGGCUCUUCAUAGACGUCAUCCAGAACCAAUGGGCAUCACCAGCCUCAGCAGUUCCUGAGGAGGCUCUUCGCCCUGAAGACAAGAGAAUAGAACCAACUCUGGUCCAUAGUCACCAGGCCUCAGCUUGGUCCUUUAGGGCGGGUACCUCUGCUUCAUUCUUUAGUCGCUCUGCUCUCUUAUGGCUAAGGCAACUCCAAGCGAAGCUUCCGGCUAGGGAUUUUAGGGCUCGCAGGGAUAUUAACAAAAUAAAGGUGGCCCUAGAAUACACUGCAGAUGCUUCCUUGGACGCAGCCCGUUUUGCACCCAAGACCAUAGCAUCCCCCAUCCCCACCCAUCGUCUGCUUUGGCUAAAGCAGUGGCAGGCAGAAGCCCGUGCCAAGUGGAGGCUAGCCUCCUUUCCCUAUUCUUCAUCCCUUCUCUUUGGGGUCCCAUUGGAUGCUGUAUUGGUAGAGUCCAAGGAUAAGCGGAAGGUCUUGCCACUAAGAAACAAGAGGGUUGCAGUCAAUCCUUUUAUCGCAGGCAGCCCUUUUGGGGUCAGGACGGGGGUUCCUCCAGCUCCCGUCUAUAAUGUCAGGCUCCCCCCAGACAGGGCCCUUCUUUUUCCAACAGGUCAAGAAGAAACAGCCAGAGAUUCCAGCCCAGAAAGUCAUUCAGGGACAAUACCAACCGAUCCUACUAGAGGCAGAAGUGACUGCCUGGAGGAGCUCCCCAUAGGGGGACGUCUGUCGACCUUCGUGGAUCGUUGGGACAAUAUCACCAACGACGUGUGGGUCAGGUCCACGAUCAGAUUCGGCCUUCUCUUGGACUUGCACUCCAGCCCUCCGAACCACUUUGUCCCGUGCCCCAUAUCCAGGGACCCUCAAAAGAGGCUUCUAGUAGAGCAGGCCAUGCAUCAUCUGCUCCUCAUUCGGGCCAUUCAAUCUGUGCCUCCAGGCCAGGUGGGACGGGAGUUCUACUCUCAUCUCUUUAUCGUGUCGAAGUCUUCGGAUGGCUGGAGAGCAAUCCUCGAUCUCAAAUUCUUAAAUCAAUUCAUCAGGUACAGGAGGUUCAAAAUGCACACUCUCCUGUCAAUCCUAGAGAGUAUGCACAAACAUGAUCUCCACAUCAGUGGACCUCACGGAGGCUUACCUCCACGUACCCAUUCACAAACAACACAGACGGUUCCUCCAAUUUGUCUAUGUGGGCCAUCACUUUCAGUAUCGGGCCCUCCCCUUCGGGCUGUCAUCAGCCUCAAGGGUCUUCACCAAGCUCUUGUCAGUCGUAGUAGCCCACUUAGGUACCAGACCCAUUCGGAUCUUUUGCUACCUGGACGACAUCCUCCUGUUGGCCAGGUCACGCAACUAGGCCCUGCGGGAUCUUCAGAACACCUUGCAGGUGCUUCAGGAGGUAGGAUUCUCCAUCAAUCAGGAGAAAAGCCACCUUGUUCCUACCUCUUGUCUAGUGCACUUGGGAGCCCUCAUCGACUCCGCUCAAGGGAAGGUCUUCCUGUCUCGGGAAUGACAGAUCAGCCUCAGGGACUCAGCCUUCAAGUAUGGAGAAGACAGCAGGCACCUCUUCUCCAGCUGUCUCAACUGUUGGGGAAGAUGGUCUCUUGCUUCUCCAUUCUUGGGCGCGGCUUCACAGCGGCUGCCUCCAGUGGUUUCUUCUGCCAUUCCAGAAGACCAAAAGCAGCUGUUCCCUAGCAAAAGUCAGAUUGAUUCCAGAGGUCCUUCACUCUCUGGACUGGUGGAUAUCCCCAGCCAUCUCUCAGGGGUCCCUCUUCAGGGAACCUCCUCGUCUCGUAGUUACAAGGGACACGAGUUUGACGGGUUGGGUGCUCACCUGGAGGAUCAGAUAGCUUAGUGUCUCUGGUACAACUCCGACCUUUCCCA